UCGGAUCCAGUAAUUUACACUCCCGGAUGCGUUUUGCCCUUUUAAGAGCUGCUGCUGUGUAAAGAUAAGUAUAACUGCAUGAGCACUUUUUGUUUUCAUUUAUAUUUUCUUGUUGCCACCUGUCUACUUUACAUGUUAGUAUUGGAUAGAGAUUCCAGCUCGAGUUUCUGUGUGUAAUAUAUGAUACUGUCAUUGUAUAAGCAUAACAAACUUAGCUUUGUAUCUCAAAUUCUCAAUCCUACUCAUCGUAUUCAAUUGAUCAAUUAGUCAUGCAUAGACUUAUCCCUGUUCGCUCUAAAUUUAAUUAUACUAAAUCUUCCUUUCCGAUUUCAUUUUUUACUCAUCUUUCCAAUUCAAACACAUCUUCAAAUAAUCACUUUCACUCUAAUCCAUAUCAGUCUCAAACUUCAAAUCACUUGCUCCGUUUUAAUCAAAGUUCAAGUCUUUUAGACUCGAAAACCAGUUAUAACCGUGUUUUUUUAUCUGGGUACAUGCCAAAUUAUGUUAAUUUGACGAAUAGUGAUUGGAAUCGAUCUUGUAUUAGGAGUUUUAGUGUUGAACCUGAGAGAGAGUCCAUAGAAUAUGAUGUCGUCAUUGUUGGAGCUGGGCCAGCUGGUUUAUCAGCUGCUAUAAGAUUGAAACAAUUGUGCAGUGAAAGGGGUUUGGAUUUUUCAGUUUGUGUAGUUGAGAAAGGUGCAGAAGUCGGUGCUCACAUUAUAUCAGGAAAUGUGUUUGAUCCACGUGCACUUGAUGAACUUAUCCCACAGUGGAAACAGGAAAAGGCACCAAUCAGUGUCCCCACUUCUUCAGACAAGUUUUGGUUUCUUACAGAGGAUCGUGCAUAUUCACUUCCAUCUCCUUUUGAUAACAAGGGGAACUAUGUUAUAAGUUUAAGUGAAUUAGUGCGCUGGAUGGCAGUGAAGGCAGAAGAAGUUGGAGUGGAGAUAUAUCCAGGCUUUGCUGCUAGUGAGAUAUUGUACAAUGAGACCAACAAUGUUGUUGGCAUUGGAACUAAUGAUAUGGGAAUUUCCAAAAAUGGCUCCAAGAAAGAUAAUUUUCAACAUGGUGUAGAAUUAAAAGGUCGCAUAACACUUCUUGCUGAAGGUUGUCGAGGAUCCUUGUCAGAGAAAAUAAUCAAAAAGUACAAAUUGAGAGAAAAGGUGAAUGCUCAGCAUCAGACUUAUGCCUUGGGAAUUAAAGAGGUUUGGGAAAUUGAUGAGAGCAAGCAUAAACCUGGUGCAGUUUUUCACACAUUAGGUUGGCCCUUGGAUCCAAAAACCUAUGGGGGCUCAUUUCUGUAUCACAUGAAAGAUAACCAGGUUUCAAUUGGCCUAGUGGUUGCUUUGAACUAUCGCAAUCCUUACUUAAGCCCUUAUGAUGAGUUCCAGAAACUUAAGCAUCAUCCUGCAAUCAAAUCAGUUCUGGAAGGAGGAACUGUCAUUCAGUACGGGGCUCGAACUUUAAAUGAAGGUGGUAUUCAGUCUAUUCCGUAUCCAGUUUUCCCUGGAGGAGCAAUUAUUGGGUGCUCAGCUGGCUUCUUAAAUGUACCAAAAAUAAAGGGAACACAUACUGCUAUGAAGUCAGGAAUGCUUGCUGCAGAAGCUGCAUUUGGUGCUCUUCAUGAUGGCUCAAAUUUGGAAUUGUAUUGGGAAAAAUUAAGGAAUUCAUGGAUAUGGGAAGAGCUCCACAAAGCUCGCAACUACCGACCUGCAUUUGAGCAUGGCCUUAUUCCUGGAAUGGCAAUAUGUGCAUUAGAGCACUACAUACUGAAAGGAAAGUCCCCCUUCACACUGAAACAUGGGAAACCUGAUCAUGAAGCAACAGAAAUUGCACAAAUACACUCUCCUGUAGAAUAUCCAAAACCAGAUGGAGUUUUAUCUUUUGAUGUACCAACCUCUUUGCACAGGAGCAACACAAAUCAUGAACACGAUCAGCCAGCUCAUCUUUAUCUGAGGAACCACAAGAUUCCUGAGCUUGUAAAUUUGCCAGAAUAUGAUGGACCAGAGUCGCGAUAUUGUCCUGCACGUGUUUAUGAGUACGUAUCAGAUGAAAGGGGUCAGCUGAAGUUACAUAUCAAUGCUCAAAAUUGUCUACAUUGCAAGGCAUGUGAUAUCAAGGACCCAAAGCAAAACAUUGAGUGGACAGUGCCGGAAGGGGGAGGUGGCCCAGGCUACACAAUCAUGUAGAUUCAGUAUUUAGUACUUACCAUCAUUACAAAUGAUCAUGUUUUAUUAGGAAGAAGCGUUUAAGAGAUACAAUAAUCUCCAGAAUAAAAGCAACAUGAGAAGUUCUCUGCAAUAUCUGACAAAUAACCAUCAACUCAAUGGAUAGUGGAAGAGCAUCAGCCAUACUAAAAUGGAGAGAGCAUCAAGGAAUGAAAAUGGGGAAAUCGCUUAGGUGAAAUCUAAUGGGCAAAGCAGAAAUUAUCAUCAAUUAAGACCAGCAGAUGUGCCCUCACAUAGGGGCUGGGAGCCUUAUUGAUGUAUUUACAAUUUUACAUGCCUCUUGUCCUACAAUUGGGGGAAAGAAAAUUGUUAUAGGACAUAGUAAAUGGUGCAAAAAAAUAAAAUAAAUAAAUGAACUGUUCUUUCUUUAA